AUGUCCCUAGUAGCAGGGGCAUUCGAGUUGCAUGAUUCCGUCACACCCGAUACUUCGAUGACGACAGCUCUUCCUGGAGGUCAAAAAGGACCUGCGACUGGAGUUUCUGACAAGCCCGAGCACCUAGUACGGGAUCGACGAGAGCAACACUAUACAGCAAACCCACUGUUGCAAGAGUCAAAGUCGCUGACAGCAGAACUCCUUUCUCUGUUGCCCUCUCGAGAUGUAGCCGCCCUUUUGGUCGAUACUUACUUUGAUCGGAUCCACUGGUUCACGCUUAUCUUCCAUCAGCAAGACUUCAGAGAGAACUGGAAGAAAUUGUACGACUACAUCCCCGGAAGCACAGAGGCGGCCUCCCCGCACCCGCACCCCGGCAUGGUCAGUACAUUCCUGGUAGUCAUUGCUAUUGCCCUACAGUACGCCGGAAGCCACAGAAAGCUAGUACUGCGAAGCCACAAUGUGGAUCCCAGUGCAUUGAAGGAAAAUAUCUUGGCUCUCAUACGGUCCAAAUUACUGGAAAUUGUGUCCUUCCAAUCCAUCGAGGCUGUGCAAACUUGCGUGCUACUGGGAACCUAUUACCUCUACCACGGAAGCCCAAGUCUUGCAUGGCCGAUUGCCAACCACCGGUCCAAUCUCCCAACAGCUACAGGGGCAGAUCGAAACGCGCAAGCGUUGCUGCCACAUCCGGAGGUCAACCUCCCCCCCAGCUAUAAUGAAGGGCAUAUGUGUCCAGCCAGCUUGCUAUCAUAUAAGUACCUGAUGUCUAAACUCUCAGUUAUCUUGAAACAGACCUUGGCCGAUCUCUAUGGAAUUGGUUCCCAUCAUUCUCUUACCAGGAAAGAGGCGGGGUCAUCGUUGAACUUCAUAGAGCUCAUUCGAAAAGUUCCCACGUUGGAUGAUAGACUCGAGAAAUGGAAGGGGGAAAUUCCCGAUCCUCUUCGUCUCACCUACUUCAACCACACAAACUACGCAUGUGGAGAAGAAAUGGAUCGUGAUAUUGGCGCCGCAGGCCCGGGGUUUGAGAGUCAUAUAUACCAGCUUCAGGCACUUGCUUUGGCUCUUGCGUACGAAAACGCAAGGAUUCUAAUCCAUCGGCCCUUGGUGUCUUUUCGAACAAAGCUUUACCAUGACCAGGGAUCUGUGGGUGCAUCUGAUUCUUCCAAAAGUCCAGCUCUCCUAUCAUUGCAGGCCUGCCGAGGCGCCGCAAUGAACACCUCACGAAUCGGAGACUCGCCAAUAUUUGCUCUCGCUGCAGAGACAUAUGCCGCAGCGUUUAUCAGCAUUCACACAUUCACUGCCGGUGUUAUGCUCUGCGUGGUGACCAGCAUCGAAACCUUUACUCCCGAGUCACAAGAAUCCAAAUUGGGACUGCGUCGCUUGCUAAGUAUGCAAGCCCAGCUCAAGUCAAAAUCACAAUGCACAUUAUCUUCCCAAGGGCUUGAAAUUCUAGAAAGACUCACUCGGUUGGUCAUGGAGAAAGAGUUGAAGGAGCUGUUAGCCCCAGGGAGCGAUGCUAGCUUGGGAGCUGGGCUUGGUGCACAAAUAACACAGAGGGACCAGCAACGCGACCAACAGAUUCAGCUCGAUGCGCAGCUAGCUGAAGGCAUGAAUGUGACUUGCCGGGACCACAUGCCCGAAGUGGUCGUAGACACAAAUGUUUUCCAGGCCUUAUCCGACCUUGAUCAAGUGCUAUUUACCCAGGAGCUUGAUCCCUCUACAGAUCCUUUCUUUUAUGAUAUGAACAUGUCUAACAAUAGCUUUUCCCAGGAGCAGGCGUGGAUCUGGGGUAUGGACAAACCUGCCCAAUUGAACGAGGAGUGA